UCAUAAUCAAGUAGGCUGUGUCUCGAGGUACAUUGUUUACAAAUUUUCUGUGAAUGUGCUUUUGUUUGUCAAUAUUGGCGCCCCGCUACAAGAUUGAUUAUAAAAAUUAUUUUAAAAAUGUCGGAUUUGGAAUGGGAACAACAACAAUUGCAGAUGCGGCAGCCAGUGGCACGUCGGCGACCGCACCAUCAGCGCCACCAGCAGCAGCGCUGUGAGCUUCAGAUACAGGACAAGAGCUUGUCGCCGAGAUCGUUAACGGAGCUUUGGUCCGGUCCCCUGGGACAUGGCACCGAUGACAAUUGGACUUGGAGCAAGCGAAAUCGAUCCAAGGAGGUGGUCCUCAGCGGCCCCAACUUUCGCACAGUUCACUUCCAUCCCAAUUGGAGCAAAGGCACGGCUGGCAUUCAGGGCAAGCGUCCCUUGAAUAACGGACGCCACUAUUGGGAGCUGCACGUCUCGCAACGUGUCUUCGGCACUUCGAUCAUGUUCGGCAUCGGCACGAAGUCCUGUCGCCUGCACGCCAACGCCUUUCGCAAUAUGCUCGGCGAGAACGAGCACGGCUGGGGACUGUCCCACAAGGGCGUUCUAUGGCACAAGGGCGUGGCACUUCUAUAUACUAAGCGCUUCCGCGAGAAUCAUCCCACACAAAUCGGCAUACUCUUCGAUGGCAUCGAGGGCACCUUAACCUACUAUAAGGAUGGCAGGUGCCUGGGUGUGGCGUUUAGAGGCUUAGACAAGGUAACUGAUCUACUUUAUCCCAUCGUCUGCUCCACGGCUGCCAAAACGGAGAUGACUCUUAGAUGCGCUCGCCAGGAGUUUGUCAACCUGCAGGAUCGUUGUCGUGCGGUGAUCAUGCGACGUCUACACACAACUGGCGAUGUGAAGAAGCUGAAGCUGCCACAGUCCAUCAGCGAUUACCUGAGCGAGGUGAUUGACGAUAUGGAGCCAUUGCGUCAGGUGAAUGAGAAGGAGAUGUGCAUGAUCAAGUAUGAUUUGCAAAUUUAGAAUGAAGUGUGGAGUGUGGAGUGUGGAGUGUGAAGCGUUAAGCAUGAACAGUGAUGAUGCCCGUCUAAAAUGUUUCCCAAUAAAUAGGCCAAUUAGGUGCAAUAUUUGUGAUAUAAGACAAAGGGCAGCAAGAAACCAAAAUAAAUCAAUUUUAUGCAUAAUUAUGUAGCCUAUAUAUCAUAAGUUUCGAUCUAAGUCAGCUCUGUAAGUUAUAUAUAAGUUUAACAAAAAAUUAAUUGUAUUUUUUACUACGAGUGUGAAAUCUAGUCAAUGAGAGCGAAAGCUGCACCCGAAAUAUAAUGUAUAAA